AUGAGGGGGAAUUUCGGGCGCCGUGAGCAGCAGCAGCAGCAGCAGCAGGAUCCUGUGGUGCUGAUUGCCGCCCCUGCUGCUGGUAUAAAAGCCGGGCGGGGUUGCUUCUCAAACUUCAGUUCCAAGUCUGCAAGCCAAAACAUGAAGUUUCUCGCAACCCUGAUGCUGUCCUCGGGCCUCGUCGUGCUGGCCUGCGUGAUGUGGCAGGCGCAGGCAGCAGAGGACUCGGCUGAGGCCAAGUCUGUCGCUCAAGAAGGGGCCGUGGCCGUGGAGGCCAGGUCGGGUGAUGGAGACCUGCAGGGCGCCCAAUCCCGCAGCUUCUACGGCGGCGGAGGAUACGGGGGCUAUGGCAGCUACGGCGGCCUCGGGGGCUACGGAGGAGGCUACGGAGGAGGCUACGGAGGAGGCUACGGCGGAGGCUAUGGCGGUGGCUACGGCGGCUACAGACGCCCCUAUUACGGCGGCGGAUACGAAACUCUUGAUUUCAUCCAAGAGAUGUGGUUCACUGUCAAGUUCCUGAUGAUGCUGCUUGUCGUCGGCGUCGCCUUCUUAUUGGGCCAUGCCGAUUGCAGAUCCGCUGCCCAACUGAAACCCGAGCUGAUUGAAGUGGUGGACCCUCAUCAUGAACAGGAAGGAGAGCCCGGAAUCGAUCUGGACGGCGCCGAAUCCGCCUUCAAAGGCUUCAAAGGCUUCAAAGGCGGCUGGGGCUACGGUGGAGGUGGUGGUGGUUACCAACGUCGCUGGGGCGGUGGAUAUGGAGGAUUCGGCCGCGUCGUUUACGGCGGCGGUGGUGGAUAUUAUCCACACGGACACGGAUACGGAAACGGCUACGGCUACGGGUAUAGUGCGUCGUCGUCGGCGUUCUAUUCUGUUAUUCUCACUGCGAUUUCAAAAGCAGCCAUUCUGUUCAGCAAUAAAUGCCUGCUGCUGCACCAUAACGUUGAAAACAAUACACACAUUGUGUUCCUUCGGACGAUGAGGAAAAAAGAAAAGGACAGCAAGAAGAAGAAGAUACGUGCGAUGAAGGUGAUGCUGCUCGGUGCUGUGGUGGUGGUGCUCGUGGCCCUGAUGCUGGCCAGUAGCACUGAGGCCGCAGAAGAGCCAGCAGCAGCAGCAGAGAUCGAGAAGAAGUCGGACUUGGACGGGGCCGAGUCCUUCUACGGCUACGGCUACGGGUUCCCGGGAGGAUACGGCGGAUAUGGCGGCUAUGGCGGCGGCUACGGCUACGGCGGCUACGGAUACGGACGGUUCUACGGAGGCGGUUACCCGGGCUUCUAUGGGGGCUACUGGUAAAAUGCGGGUGAAAUGCCAGCAACGAAAACAACAACAACAACAACACGCGGAUUCAUUCAUUCGUGCACACAAACAAACACACACGCACACACACCAUGCUGAUGGAGAAGAAGAAGAAGAAGAAGAAAAACGAUAAGCCUUACAGCACCGACCGCCGCGAUACUACAGCAUAGAUGAUGGAAACCUCGGUCGACAUGAUUCUCCUGCUGCUGCACGCGCCGUUCACGUAUUGUUAUUUUGAAGAAUCUCCCUGAUACGAACCUGUUGUUUGUUGGUUCUUUCGGAAUGUUAUUCCCCCCUCAUCUACCUACCGUCAGUUCGUCACACGACAUUCCUCACGUUUUUCUCUUCGUUUUUGCUUCUUCAUUUUCUUUUCAAGGAACAAUCGGAUUCCUCUUUUGUAAUGCGGGAAGUUGACACGUACUGCGCUGUGUUUUUGCCGAUUUUUAUUUUUUAUUCCCCCCCCCCCUGCGAAAUAAUAAGUACUGUAUACAGCAUUACGAUUGUGUUUGUAUCGCCGCGUCUUUGCUGCAUUGCCUCGUGUUCUUGUCUUUCACUGGAGAUGAUGAUCAUAAUGGAAAUGAAACUUAUACACCCACAAA